AUGGAAGCUAUCAAGCAGACAUUUGCCAAGUGCAAGGCGCAAAAGCGCGCGGCCCUUGUGGCCUACAUCACAGCCGGAUAUCCCACUGUUGAGGAAGCGGUUGAUAUCCUCCUCGGUCUUGAGAACGGCGGUGCCGAUAUCAUUGAACUUGGUAUCCCAUUCACAGAUCCCAUCGCUGAUGGCCCCACUAUCCAGACAGCCAACACCAAGGCUCUUGAGAAUGGUGUUACUCUGACCACUGUCCUUGAGCUUGUCCGCACUGCCCGCAGCCGCGGUCUGCAGGCACCUCUGAUGCUUAUGGGUUACUUCAACCCCGUUCUUAAGUACGGUGAGGAGCGCAUGCUUCGCGACUGCAAGGAGGCUGGAGUCAAUGGCUUUAUCAUGGUUGACUUGCCCCCGGAGGAGGCUGUCCGUUUCCGUGACCUUUGCUCAAGCACUGGUCUCUCAUAUGUCCCUCUCAUCGCACCUGCCACCUCCGAUGCCCGCAUGCGCCUUCUCUGCAAGAUCGCAGACAGCUUUAUCUACGUCGUUUCCCGCAUGGGAGUAACUGGAGCCACCGGAUCAUUGAGCGCUAACAUCCCUGAGCUUCUGAGCCGAGUCCACGAAUACUCCGGCAAUGUCCCUGCUGCACUUGGAUUCGGUGUGAGCACCCGUGAGCACUUCCUGUCCGUCCAGGACCAGGCCGAGGGUGUUGUCAUUGGUAGCCAGAUCAUCACUUGUGUCGGCAAGGCUCCUGCUGGGCAGGCAGCCAAGGCCGCCGAGGAGUACUUGUCUAGCAUUACCGGGCGCAAGCGUGAGCGAGACACCACCGGCGCUUUCACCCGCGAGAUCAACGUUCUUGAGGCUAUCGAGAAGGCACAGCCUUCUGGUCAGGUCCACCCUACCAAGGUCAUCACCGAUGCCGAUACCCCCUCCGGACCCGGUCUGGCCGACCAGAUCGAGGCGCUUAACGUCACCAAGGAUGUCUCUUCCCAACCCUCCCGCUUCGGUGAGUUCGGUGGACAGUAUGUCCCCGAGUCCCUGAUGGAUUGCUUGGCCGAGCUCGAGCGCGGCUUCGACGUCGCCAAUAACGACCCCAAGUUUUGGGAGGAAUUCCGCUCGUACUAUCCCUACAUGGGUCGCCCUAGCAGCCUGCACAUGGCCCAGCGUCUGACUGACCAUGUCGGCGGUGCAAACAUUUGGUUGAAGCGUGAGGAUCUCAACCACACCGGAUCUCACAAGAUCAACAAUGCUCUUGGACAGAUUCUCAUUGCUCGUCGCUUGGGCAAGACCCGUAUCAUUGCCGAGACUGGUGCUGGCCAGCACGGUGUUGCGACCGCUACCGUUUGUGCUAAAUUUGGUAUGAAGUGUACCGUCUUCAUGGGUGCCGAGGAUGUGCGACGCCAGGGCCUGAAUGUCUUCCGUAUGAAGCUCCUCGGCGCCUCAGUCGUCGCCGUUGAGGCUGGCAGCCGUACACUGCGUGACGCAGUCAACGAGGCUCUCCGUGCUUGGGUUGUUGAGUUGGACACCACUCACUACAUCAUCGGCUCGGCCAUCGGUCCCCACCCCUUCCCCACCAUCGUCCGCACCUUCCAGUCCGUCAUCGGAAACGAGACCAAGGAGCAGAUGCAGGCCCAGAUCGGCAAGCUCCCCGAUGCCGUGGUCGCCUGUGUUGGCGGUGGUAGUAACGCCGUCGGAAUGUUCUACCCCUUCUCCAACGACCCAAGCGUGAAGCUGAUUGGCGUCGAAGCUGCCGGUGAUGGCGUUGAUACUAACCGUCACUCUGCCACCCUCUCUGGCGGAUCUCACGGUGUCCUCCACGGCGUGCGCACUUACGUUCUCCAGAACGAGCACGGCCAGAUUUCCGAUACCCACUCGAUCUCUGCUGGUCUCGACUACCCCGGUGUCGGCCCCGAACUCAGCAACUGGAAGGACAACAACCGCGCCACCUUCAUCGCCGCCGAUGAUAGCCAGGCCCUUGCUGGAUUCCGUGCUCUUGCCCAACACGAGGGUAUCAUCCCCGCUCUGGAGUCCUCACACGCCGUCUGGGGUGUGAUGGAACUCGCCAAGACAAUGAAGAAGGGCGAGAAUAUCGUUCUCAACCUGAGUGGUCGUGGCGACAAGGAUGUCCAGCAGGUGGCUGACGAGCUUCCCCGAUUGGGCCCUAAGAUCGGCUGGGAUCUGCGCUUCUAG